UCCCUCUCCCUCUCCCUCUCCCUCUCCCCCUCUCUCUUUCCUUUUUCUAUUUGUUUUAGGGUUUCAACAUGGGACUCAUCUCCUCCUCUCUGUUCUCUCACACACAUCCAUAUAAAUUUUUAUAAUAAUUCAUUCCUUUCAAAAAUUCAAAAUUUUAAUUAAAAAAACUUUUAUUAAAAAAAAAAAAAUAUUUCUGUACCUUUUAUUAUUUUACAUUAUUUUUUCACCUCCCUGGUUUUUUCCUGUUCAUCUUUGAAGUGUUUAAGUUUCUCUCACUUUCUUCUGUUUAUGGCUACUUUAAACUUAGGUUCUGCUUCUCACUUUGUUGACCAACUUCAGCAGCAACGCCCUGAUCUCCAUCUAGAUUCCCCUCCAAGUUCUGACCAUGUCAACCAUUUCAACGGUAGCGGUGGCUCUGGCGGUAGCGGCGAUGUCAUGGUCCGUCGCCCUAGGGGCCGCCCGGCCGGCUCCAAGAACAAGCCAAAGCCCCCCGUAAUCAUCACGCGCGAGAGCGCCAACACGCUCCGAGCUCAUAUCUUGGAAGUUGGUGGUGGAUGUGACGUCUUCGAAGCUGUAGCCGGCUACGCUCGGCGACGACAACGUGGGAUCUGUGUGUUGAGUGGAAGUGGGAUUGUUAAUAAUGUUAGCUUACGGCAACCCGCAGCUGCUGGAUCGGUGUUGACGUUGCAAGGGAGGUUCGAGAUUUUGUCGUUGUCGGGAUCGUUCUUGCCCCCACCUGCUCCGCCCGGUGCUACUAGUCUUACGAUUUUCUUGGCCGGAGGACAAGGGCAAGUGGUAGGAGGGAAUGUGGUGGGAGCUUUGAUCGCGUCAGGGCCAGUAAUCGUCAUAGCAUCGUCGUUUAGCAACGUUGCAUACGAGAGGUUGCCAUUGGAUGAAGAAGAAAUGCCGAUGCAGGCUGGUGGCGGUGACGGUGACGGAGGCGAGGGUGGUGGCGAAGGUCACAAUAACCCUUUUCCUGAUGCAUCUUCGGGUUUGCCAUUUCUAAAUCUGCCUAUGAACAUGCCCAAUCAGAAUCAAUUUUUUGGUUGAAGGAUGAAAACUACAAAUUCAUCAAAUUCCACUCUCUGUCUUAUUCACUAUCAAAAAGGGUUCAAUCUUAAUAAUUUUCAGUCAUAAAUCUCUUUCUUUCUUCUUCUUCUUCUUCUUCUUUUUCUUUAGUUCUUCAUCCUUUGAUUGUUCAUCUUUUGCUGUAAACUUUGUUAAAUUAUCUGAUUUAAUGUUCUAUUAGUCUUGAUUAUCAAAUGUUUUUUUUAAUAA